AUGCCUACAUCGGCCACCAGCGCAAAUAUGGGCGUAGAUCUCAAACCAACUGGAGAAGCUUCUGCAAAACCCAAGCCGUGCUGCGUAUGUAAAGAUGAGAAAGCUGCUCGAGACGAAUGUAUGCUAUUUAGCACGGCCAAGGAUCCGCAAGUAGCUUGUGCAAGUAUGGUGGAAAAGUAUAAGAGUUGUAUGGCUGGGUUUGGGUUCAAUUUGCCAUGA